AUGGGCAAUCAAUUAGUGGGCAUCGCGCCCAGCCAAAUAUUUCCGGUGGAGCACUAUUUGACAGAUCACAGUGAUUUAUUAUUCGACGUGAAUUUAGGAAGCACUCGAUUUUUUAAAGUGGCUCGGGCCCGCAGUCUGGAGGGACUGAUAGUUGUAAAAGUGUUUGCUAUUCAUGAUCCAACAUUGCCAUUAUCUACUUAUAAGGAUAAACUGGAGGAGAUCAGGUCAAAGUUAGCCUCCGCUGUCAACUGCCUACCAUUUCAACGAAUGAUUCUCACAGAAAAAGCAGGCUCAAUUAUGCGGGAGUAUGUCAAAUAUUCUCUUUAUGACAGGAUCAGUACUAGGCCAUUUUUAACGAGCAUAGAGAAAAAGUGGAUCACUUUCCAAGUGUUAUACGCUCUUAAUCAAGCUCAUAAGUUUGGUGUUUGUCAUGGUGACAUAAAAUUGGAAAAUAUUAUGAUAACUAGUUGGAACUGGAUAUUACUCACGGAUUUCGCUAGUUUUAAACCAACUUAUUUACCAGAAGACAAUCCUGCAGAUUUUUCUUAUUUUUUUGACACUUCCAGGAGAAGAACCUGUUACAUAGCGCCCGAGAGAUUUGUGAAAACAUUAUCUUCAGAAUUGAGCAAUACAUUGUUAUUACCAGAACAAGAAGUAAAGACAGGUGAUUUGCAUCCAAUGAUGGAUAUUUUUUCUGCAGGUUGUGCUUUAACAGAGUUGUAUAAUGAAGGACAUCCACCAUUCGAUUUUUCACAACUGUUAGCAUAUAGGAACAACGAGUAUUCUGUAAGCAAGCAUUUAGAUAGUAUAGAUGAUCUAGGAAUGCGUGAGCUGCUUAGUUCAAUGCUGGAAAGAAAUCCAUCAAAUAGGAAAAGCGCAGAGAUCUAUCUGGCUCAAACUAGAGGUAUCAUCUUUCCGGAAUAUUUCUAUUCCUUCCUCCAGUCUUACAUGCUUAUUUUCUCUGCGGCUCCAAUUUUAUCACCGGAUGAGAAAAUAACACGGUUGAAGAAAGAUAUUGGCAAUAUUAUAAGUAUACUAAAGGCGGAAGACAAUAGCAAACAAACUUGCGACGUGGAAUCCAAGAGAUCAAUGUCUACCUCGAGUGAGAUUCUAGAAGGACUUGUUAUCAUAACUCAACUUGUUACUUCUUGCAUAAGAGGAUUGCAUUACUCGCAAUCUAAAUUGCAUAGUUUAGAGAUAUUAUUAGAAUUGGCUGAAAAUGUUUCUGACGAGACAAUUCUCGAUAGAAUAUUACCUUAUAUCUUCCAUUUGGUUCAUGAUCCGGCGCCGCGGGUGAGAGUAUCUGCGAUACACACUUUAACAAAAUGUUUACAUCUUGUGAAAUCGAUACCAUCUUCGGAUGUGAACAUAUUCCCUGAGUACAUUUUACCAGGCUUAGCACACAUAACUCAAGACGAAGCAGUUAUUGUUAGAGCAGCUUAUGCGGAGAAUAUUGCUCAUUUGGCGCACAUUGCUCUGCGUUAUUUGGAGAACGCUCAUCUAUCUAACUUAGGUAACAAGGAAGGACCAAAGCCCAGUUACGACAGUGAACUGCAAACCUUGCACGAAAUGGUCCAACAAUCGGUGUCCAUGCUGUUAACCGAUCCUAAAAAUUUAGUAAAACAAACAUUAAUGGAGAAUGGAAUAAAUAAAUUAUGUGUGUUUUUCGGAAAACAGAAAGCCAAUGAUAUUUUGCUUAGUCACGUUAUCACGUUUUUAAACGAUAAGGAGGAUAAGGAACUGAGAGGUUCUUUUUUUGAAUGUAUAGUCGGUGUAGCCGCUUAUGUCGGUUGGCAUAGUAGUCCCAUAUUAAUGCCACUUCUGCAGCAAGGUUUAUCCGAUCCUGAAGAAUUUGUAACCACAAAGGCCAUAAAUGCCAUGGCAACACUUACUGAAUUGGGUCUACUACAUAAAUCUGCUCUUUAUCAGUUAUUAUCAGAAACUAUGGUCUUCCUGGUUCACCCAAAUCUUUGGAUACGUCAUGCAACCGUUGGCUUUAUUUCCGCGGCAGCAAGAACUCUGAAUGUGGUGGAUGUCCAAUGUAAAGUCCAAACGAUGCUCCAACCGUAUCUGAAACAUUCAUUGAUCCAGAUAGAAAAGGAGAUUUUACUGCUCGAAGCACUUGUAUCUCCUAUAUCUAGAAUCGUAUACGAUUCCAUGGUGAAGUAUAACGAUGUGGAGGAAUUAUUUCAAGUACUUGAACAGAGGCAAGCAGCCAGAGCAAAAGCCAUAACGGGUGUGGUAUCGCCACAAUACAAUGACAUGAGUACCUCUUUAAAAAAUCUUUUUAGGCGAUUGAGUUCGGAAUCAAUGACUGAGGCAGUUGAGGAUCAAUUGCUGAUUAUGAAACCUCACUUGAUGAAGAUCAAUAAAUAUCGUAAUUCUGCGGACACGAAGCAAAAUACUAUCAAACCGACAGUGGAUGGAAAACUGGAGUUAAGUCCAGUGAAAGAUAGGAUAAGACAUCAUGUCGUCGUAUUAUAUCCUGAUAAUAAGGGAGAUUUAAUCCUGCCAUCUUUUAAAAGAUUGGAUCGAAGAACAUCAGAGACUGUCGGUACAUACGCAACGAUGAAUCAAGAAUGGCGUACGAUGUUUGCAGCUCAAGAUAAUGCUCAGCACACUAUUGUUAAAAUGUCAGACAUGACUGGAAGCAGUGGCAGUCCCAGCCAAAGCAUACACAGUGGAGACAUCCAUUUAUCUCCGCAUCAUUGCCUAUCAGAUAUGACCAGCAUUAAUUCUCUUAUGAAUGAUCAUUCACUUCACGAACGAUCUUACAUACAAUAUAGAUGUGCUCCCUGCCGAUUAGAAGUACGGCAAUUAACGUACCGAAAGCAAGAGCAACAUGUAGCAGUGUUAAGAGCAAAACGUUGGGCUAACAACGUCGCCUGUGAAACUGGCUCCACAUCACUGCCAAAGGAUUGGAGACCUCGAGGAGUUCCUGUCGCGCAUCUUCAUGAGCACAGAGCUGCAGUGAAUAGAUUAGUUUCGAUACCGGACACUAACUUGUUCGCAAGUAGUUCCUCCGAUGGAUGCAUUAAAAUUUGGGAUGCCAGUAAGAUGGAGGGACGAAAUAUUGCUAAUCGUUCCAGACAAACGUACAUGCACAGAGGAGGCCCGCUGGUUGGCUUAACUGUGUGCGACCAAGGACAAUCUUUAGCAAGCUCUGCGAGCUCGUCUGGAACAGUAUUCGUACUUCGGAUUGAGCCAAACUCGAGUAAAAUGAGCUUAAUUGGCACUCGUCAAUUGGAUCCCCAGGAAGAAGGAAGUGCUGUAGAUCUACAGUAUCUAGAUUCCGGUUCGCAGUCCGUUCUUGUGUACGCCUCAUUGUAUGGUUCACUGGUAGGUUGGGAUCUACGAUGUCCUGGUACAACAUGGCGCUUAGAAAAUGAUUUAAAGCACGGAGUUAUCACGUCGUUUUGCGUAAACAGUCAUCAGCAGUGGUUAACCCUCGGCACGAGUUCCGGUAUCCAUACCUGUUGGGACUUGAGGUUCCAACUGCCAAUAACGAGUAUCAAGCACCCAAAAGGCGCAAGAGUACGAAAGGUAAUCACGCAUCCGACAGAGCAUUCGUGGAUAAUUUCGGCGGUACAAGGUAACAAUGAGAUAUCCAUGUGGAAUCUGGAGACCGAUCAACGACAGAUGGUUCUAUGGGCGUCAAAUGCACCGCCGUUGAGUCGUACUCAAGCCGGUCACACCGUUUGUGCCAUGCACGCUGGAUGUAUCGAUAGUUCAGGUUUCCUUUUAGCUGGCGGUACCGAUAUGCGAUUACGCUUUUGGGACUUUGAUAGACCCACCGCAUCUUACGUUGCUCUACCCGCCGCUAACGAUGUCCUCACUCCAAAUUCGUUGGCAUACGAUUUACGUUUGAUAGACGGAACAAAUGUUGUGCAAGAGGUAUUAGUGGAUGACGAUUCUAACCCGUUGUCUGGAAGUGACACAAGAGGAAGAAACAUGGAGGAGAGCGGUCCCGAAACUCCACCCUCUGGUCAGCACGACACGAUCUCUGCCGUGGCUAUGUCGAAUACGUGCAUUCUCACCGGUAGCACAGAUGGUCUGAUACAAGUCUGGAAAUGAUUAUUCUUUUUGGUCCAAAAUUCGAUUACAAAGUUCCUCGCACAGGCGAUAAAAGAUUUUAUCAGUGUAAUGCGGAAUUUCUUUCCACUAAUAACAAAACCAUUGUGAUCCAAGUAAGGAAUAAGUUAUUCUAGAAUUCAGAUAAAUCAUCCAGCGAUGCUGGACAUUGAUCGUGAUAUAAUUUAUUUAAGGGCAGUCACGCGGAGGAAUUGUGAUGGCGGUGCAAUUAUGAUAUAAUAAUUCCCAUUUUGACAAAAACUUGUCAAAGAAUCA